GGAACACAACGGGCAAAGGCUGCUGGUGCACUAGAGUAGGAAGCAGUAACCCUCAUCAAAAGCAGUACUGGAUGCCACACCCAGCACCACAUCCCUAUAGCUAUCUAGCAGCAGCCACCUCUGCCGGCCAAGCCAAGCAUACUGGAUAGACAUUGAUUGGGAUUUAUAGACACCCUUUCCCUCACACAGUGCGCACAUCAUAUCAAGAAUCAAUCCAGAAGAGACCAUCAUCAGAGGAUAAAGGAGUGACCAAGACAGGCGAGGGAGCUAGGAUCAACAAAGUUUCAUUUGCUCGAUCAAGCCAUGGUAUCUCGGGGGAAGCAGCAGGAGGAGGAGGCGGCCGCCGGGUGGGAGGGGGAGAAGGAGGGGGAGAUCGACUACGUGUUCAAGGUGGUGGUGGUGGGCGACUCGGCGGUGGGGAAGACGCAGCUGCUGGGGCGCUUCGCCAAGGACGAGUUCUUCCUCGACUCCAAGUCCACCAUCGGCGUCGAGUUCCAGACCCGCACCCUCACCCUCCACCGCAAGCAAGUCAAGGCCCAGAUCUGGGACACCGCCGGACAGGAGAGGUACCGGGCGGUGACGAGCGCCUACUACCGGGGCGCGCUGGGCGCCAUGGUGGUGUACGACGUGACCCGCCGCGCCACCUUCGACCACGUGACCCGCUGGGUGGAGGAGCUCCGCGCCCACGCCGACGGCUCCACCGUCGUGGCGCUCGUCGGCAACAAGGCCGACGCGGCCGCGCACCGCCGCGAGGUGCCGGCCGACGAGGCCGCGCGGUUGGCCGAGGAGCAGGGGCUCUUCUUCUCCGAGGCGUCGGCGCUGACGGGCGACAACGUGGAGCGCGCCUUCCUCGCGCUCCUCGAGGAGGUCUUCGCCGUCGUCUCCCGCCGGGCGCUGGAGCUCGACGAGGCGCGGCGGACGCGCAGCGGCGGCGUCAGCGAUGGCGGCGAGGUGCUGUCGCUGAGGGGCACCACGGUGGACCUGCACGACCCCAUCAUGGAGACCAGCGCCAUGAAGAAGACGGCCUCCUCGCAGUGCUCGUGCUCGUGACCGGCGACGUGGUCGGCAACCUCAGCCGGUGGUGCUGUGACAGAGACACGCCGCACCGUGAUGUGCAAGGAUUCACACCAGAUUACGCCAUGCAUUCUCGAACACAUAAGUUUAGACAUGUAAAGCAUUUGUUGUACAUACAUUGUGAUAAGAAAUGGUUGGGUUCAUUUGCCUCUUCA